AUGAGGAAAUUCUUUUGGAAUGGCGCAAAUGAGCAAGAGAAAAUCCCAUUAUUGGCAUGGGAUAAAAUUUGUCAAGCAAAGGUAAGAGGAGGUGUAGGAUUGAGGGACUGGCAAAAAAUGAACUACGCUUUAGGAGCCAAAUUAGUCUGGAAUAUUUACUCUAAUCCACACCAGAUGUGGGUAAAAGUGCUGAGAACUAAGUAUCUAGACUCAGCAGAGGACCACAGAAUCGUCACGAUUCGUAACCCUUCCAAAGGAUCAGCAAUUUGGAACUUCAUCUUGGAAUGUCGCAAGGUAGUGACAGACCAUUUAACAUGGCAGGUUGGGAACGGGGCAGAAGCCAAGUUAUGGGAGGAUUCAUGGGCAGGUCACCCUGCCUUGAAAGAUUUGGAGGACUUCACAGAGACAAAGGAAGUGCUAGUGCAGUUAGUAAGGGAUUAUAUGUAUAGCUCAGAGGGAGUAUUAGGUGUAGAAUGGCUUUGGAAAGAUCUAUCAACUACAUGA